GUUGAAAAAAAGUGAUUUAAUGGGUAUCAGCCAUUUGGGUAACGCUCCAAUCAAUCUCUAGUUCACCAACUUUGCAGAUUGUUUAUAUAUGUAUAGUGAAACCAAGAAUAAUGAGCAGAAACUUGUAAAUCAUAGUUGGUAGCAGCUAGAAAUGGCAGUGAUACCUGAAAUAACUCUAAGCUCCGGUGAGAAAACCAUGCCGGUGAUCGGCAUGGGAACAUCACCAUAUGCUCCAACUGAUAAAGAAACAACGAAAAUUGCCCUUAUUGAAGCCAUUAAAGCAGGCUACCGCCACUUCGACACUGCGUUCGCGUACAGAUCAGAAGAGCCUCUUGGGGAAGCAAUAUCUGAGGCCUUGCGUCUGGGCCUGAUCAAAUCUAGAGAUGAACUCUUCAUCACUUCCAAGCUAUGGAGCAGCUUCGCUGACAAGGAUAUGGUGGUGCCUGCCAUCAGGAUGAGCCUAAGGAAUCUUCAGCUGGAAUAUCUGGAUUUGUACCUUAUACACUGGCCAUUCAAAUUGAGCCAAAACGUUCGUUCACUGCCGACAACUAGAGAAAAUAUAUUUCCUUUGGACAUCAAAUCUGUGUGGGAAGGCAUGGAAGAAUGCAAAACUCUUGGCCUUACUAAGGCUAUUGGUGUCAGCAAUUUUUCUUGUAAGAAACUCGAGGAGCUUCUCUCCACUGCUAAAAUUCCUCCAGCUGUAAAUCAGGCGAGUGGAAAAUUAUUUAAGAGAAAAAAAAGAAAAGAAAUGAGUGUUGUUAUUUUUUCACAUAAUUUUUUUUUUAAGUUGCAGGUGGAGAUGAACCCACUUUGGCAGCAGAAGCAACUGAGGGAGUUUUGCAAGGGAAAAGGUAUUCAUAUCACAGCUUACUCACCGUUGGGUGCAAAUGGAACUAAAUGGGGUGACAACAGAAUUCUAGAAUGUGAUGUGCUUCAACAAAUUGCCAAGGCAAAAGGCAAGACUACAGCUCAGGUUUCGCUGAGAUGGGUGCAUGAGCAAGGUGUGAGUUUGGUGGCAAAAAGUUUCAACAAGGAGAGGAUGAAGGAGAACCUCCAGAUCUUUGAUUGGUCGUUGACUGAAGAGGAGUCGAACAAGAUCAGUAACCUUCCUCAACGCAAAGGAGUUCUAUCGGCCAACAUUCUAGGCCCACACGAUUUUAGUCUAGAGCUUGAUGCAGAGAUAUGAAUCCCAAUAAUUGCUGGUCUAAUUUUAAGCCUAUUAGAAAUAGACAAUAUUUUAGUGGUAUUUUAUGUUUUAAAU